UUUGGAAUCAGCUGAUCGUUGUUUUAGUAAAUCAGCUGUUGUCUUUCUUGAUUUGUUUUGUAGAACUAUGUAAAAAAAUUCGCUUGCCAAUUCAUCUUGAACAAAGUAUUUGCAUAGAAUUGUAUUUUUAGUUGUGUAUAUCAUAGGUAGGCACAUUUCACUUAUAUCAGAAUCAUCAAUUUUCUAACCCUAAUUCAAUUUUGUAUUUUACCACAUUUUAAUCUCUUGUAUGUAGGGUGAACCUGCUGGUUUACGAUCAGUUAGUCGAUGUCUCGACUUUAAAACGUCAUAACUUAAAAAAAUGUUGCAUUAGAAACUAGAUAUUGUGUUUUACGCGUAAAAAAACUAUUCAACUAUUUAAUAAACCUAUCUUCAUAAAUAAUCCUAUUUAUCUGUUAUUUUUAAAUUUAAAAAUAAUCAAAAAGUGUGUUUUGUUUAGUUCACGAUCGUUUUUCGUCAGUUUACGUUCACACAUUUGCGCCUGUUUACGAUCAUUAAAAACCACUGAAAAAGGAACUCUAGGGCAAUGAAUUGAAAGUCGAAAUUGUAUUGUAUUAUUUGUUGAAAAAAAUUUUUUUUUCCGUUUGACAAAAUGAACAUUAUAGGGCAUUAGUGCUGCUUCAGAAUAAGAUAUUUCGCGCAUUUCUGUGCAUUUUAAGUGCAACUAGGGAAUGCAUACAUCGCAGGCUAUAUUUUUUUCCAAAUCUUCUUCAAAAUCACUAAUUAAUUCUUCAGCACAUUCACUGUAUAACAAGGUAUCUUUUUAUUACUAUUAUUUUUUAUAAAAUCUUCUUUUUCUUUUCCUCUGCUUUCUUGUGUCAUAUAAAACUAAUAUUUUUCUAUAGAAAAAAUAAAUUAUCGGUAACAGGCCGUUUCCCGACCACUUGGUUUGUCAUUAGUAAAAAGCAUUUAAUUUUAUGAUUAUUUUUCAUUUUAAGCCGAUCGCCAUCUGAUCUAUAAAGUAAACAUGUUACGAUGGAACAAAGUAAAUAUUAAUAUUCCCGACAACAUCAUGCAAGAUACUACAAAAUCUUAACGAAGAUAAGGCCAAAACCGCCCCCUUACGAUCACCUAAUCGUAAACUGAAGGAAGCUUAGUUUUGUAACGUCUCAUGGCGAUCACCUUAUUUUAUAGUAAAUUAUUAACUUUUUUUAUUAAAUUUCCACGUAAGAAGGAAAUAUAACUCUUUUUCAACACCACACACAUUAAAGUAAAGGUUAAACCGUAUGAAAAACAUGUUUUACUGACGAUUCAAUGUUCACGUCCCACUAUUUUUUUCUUAAGAUUUGGCGGUAAUAUUCACGCAAACGCAUUGGAUAGAUUUCGUCAGCUCACUGAUCGAUAAAUAACAUAUUUGGCUACCGAGACAACUGAUACAAAUGAAAAGGAUAGAUGGAUCAACCCUUUUUAUGCAAAAUUAACACUUCACGCGCGGUAAUACGGUUAUUUUAGAGGUUUUUUGUAAAAGUGAUCGAGAGCGGGUGGUGAUCGGUGAACCGGUCGAUUCACCCUACCUCUCUCUCUGUCUCAUUCUCGUAUGUUCCUAGUUAAUUUAGGGGCUUUGAAGUCGCGAAGUCUGCGGGACAGUAAAAAAAUAUUGAGUAAUUGCCUUGCAAUAUUGAGUAUUCGAUUGUGAUUUUACGACAGGCCGGCUGCUUGAGGUCAACCUUCUGUGAAUAGACACGUUUCACAGUAAAGCAUGUGCAUAUUAUUUAUAUACAACGGCAAUGAGGACGUAGAGAGCGACUACAGACUGAUAAUUGCCACAAAUCGUGAUGAAUUUUAUGAGCGACCAGCUCAGAUUAUGGCUCCUUGGGAAGGACAAGCCGAUGUCCUUGCAGGCAAAGAUGUAAGGGGAGGCGGCACCUGGCUAGCUUUAUCUGCAGUGACCAAAAAAAUCGGAGUGUUGCUCAACCACCCGGUAGCUCCUACGAAGACCGCCGUGAAAAGUCGUGGAAAAAUCGCCAUAGACUAUGUAAAAGGCGGAUUAUCUAUCAGAGAAUUUGUCGACUCUAUGAGGGAAUAUUUCCAGGAGUGUCCUGGAUUUAUUUUCGUUUCUCUAGAUUUUGGUAACGACUAUACAAAAGUUCAUUCAUACACAAAAAAUACUGACAACCUAGAAGAACACAGCGAGAAAUAUCUUGGAUUCGGGAACAGUGCGCCGGCGACGCCUUUUAAGAAGGUCCAGGCGGGGAGACAGAGGAUGCAGGGCGUCUGCCAGAGAUUGAACAAGAUUCACAUGAAGGAACAACUUGUGAACGAACUUAUUGAGCUACUUCGGUGGGAAGAAAAACACUUGCCAGACCAAGUGAUAGAGGGACAACAUCCUGAUAAUUAUAAACACCUAAGCUCCGUAUAUGUUCACGUGCCAAACAUUUACGGUACAAGAACACAUACUCUAGUUUUGAUAACUAAAGAUGGCGGUAUGGACGUCAUAGAAGUAACAUUACGAGCUCCAAUAGACUCUCAAAAGCCUAACUGGGAAAAAACUAAAUUCCGAUUUAAAUUAUGACAAUGUUAACACUAGUCGAAGAAGUUAAUCAUCAUGUACCUAAAAAGAAUCACAAUUCCAAAACAAUGUUGCAAUAAUAAAUAAUUCCGAGUUGAUGAUGUUUAGUUAAAUGUUUUAUGAUCAUAGAUAUAAUGAUUUAUGAUGCAAUCACAAACAUAACUUACGUACAAAUGUCUGUGGAUGCAAUCAAAAUGCAUACUAUUUAAGAAAUUAGAAAUUACUUUGAUCAACCCAUACAAAAAAUAAGAAUGUGAUUAAAUUUUUUUGCAUAAAAAACAAUACUUUUUUAUAUAACAAUGUUGUUUAUUCAAUGUCUAGUCUUGUUACAUAAUCUAAAUAAAUGAAGAGUAACAAUUGC